AGCCGGAGACGGCCAGAAAUAUGCUGCGGUCUCGAGCGUCCGUCGGUCGGUGUGCGUUGUCUGUUCCAUUUUCGCUCUCGUGCCGAACGGUUCGGCUUGGUGUGUGUCUCCGGUCCACUGUUUUGUUCCCCGUUUACUCCGUCACCUCAAACUCCGGUCUCUCAGUGGCCUGUGAACUCUUGCCCACCGCCGCACGCGCACGCACUCCUCAGUCCACCCCGGGUGAAAGAUGUCGACCGGCAUAGCAGGAUGGAUAACAUGCCGGCAAGUGCUGAACAUUAUGGUGAUCUUCGGCUUCAUGCUGAACUAUGCGCUGCGCGUAAACUUUACGAUCGCGAUCGUGGCGAUGACGAAAACGCUCGUCAGCACGGUGACCGGUGACGAUAACAGCACGACCGACGCCCUCAACCUCACCGACACCACGACCGAAGCGUCCGUGAUCGAUGAGGCGGACAAGUUCGAGUGGGACGCCCGCCAGCAGAACCUGAUGCUUGGCAGCUUCUUCUGGGGCUACGUGCUGACGGAGCUGCCCGGUGGUCGGCUGGCGGAAAUCGUCGGUGGACGGCGCGUGUUCGGCUACAGCAUGCUGUUUUCCAGCCUGCUGACCCUGCUGACGCCGCUCGCCUCCAACACGCACUACAUUGCGGUGGUGAUUCUGCGUGCCGUGCUCGGGUUCUUCCUGGGCGCCUCCUGGCCGGCCAUACAUCCGCUGACGGCGGUGUGGAUUCCACCGAUGGACCGGUCCAAGUUCAUCGCCAACAUGAUGGCUUCGUCGCUCGGUGCCGCCAUUACGAUGCCGAUCUGUGGGUUCCUGAUUGCGACGGUCGGGUGGCAGAGCGUGUUCUACUUCACCGGCGGGCUCGGGCUGCUGUGGUCGGUCGUGUGGUUCCUGGUGGUGUUUGAAACGCCCGCCUCCCAUCCGCGCAUCACGCCCGAGGAGCGUACGGAAAUCGAAACCGCCAUCAAUGCGGCCGGCAAGAAGAAGAAGCCCUCGUACGUGCCGUGGAAGUCGAUCCUAACCUCGCCGCCGGUGUGGGCCAUCAUUCUGACGCACGGUGCGUCCGUGUUUGGGUUCUUCACCGUGGUCAACCAGCUGCCCACCUACAUGAAGUACAUUCUGCAUUUCAACAUUAAGGAGAACGGGUUGCUCUCGUCUUUGCCUUACUUUGGCAAGUACGCCAUGGCUGUGAUUUCAUCGCAUUUAGCUGAUUAUUUGAGAAAAUCGGGUAAACUGUCGACGACUGCGACGAGAAAGAUUUUCACCGCCUUCGCUGUGAUGACUCCCGGCUUCUUGAUGAUUAUUCAAGUGUACAUGGGAGAGAACCGCUCCUGGGCGGUCGGUAUCUUCACGCUGUCCCUCUUCCUUAAUGGUGCCGUCACGGCCGGCUAUCUCGGCAACGGGCUGGACAUUGCGCCCAACUUCUCCGGCACCAUCUUCGGUAUGGCCAACACGCUCUCCUCGUUCGGUGGCUUCGUGUCGGCGUACAUGGUUGGUGUGCUUACCAACGACAAUCAAACCUACGGCCAAUGGCAGAUUGUGUUCUGGAUUCUGGCCGUGGUGUACAUUACGGGUUCCUCUGCGUACGUGCUGAUGGGUACGGGUGAGCUGCAAGCCUGGAACAAUCCGCCGGAGAAGGGCGACGGUAACGUUGAAACGGAGGAAGGCGUGCCGCUGCGCAAUCAGGCCGCCGCGGUCAAGUAAACAGCGACACGGCACACAACCGUGGCCGCCGUGUGUUUGCGUGUGGGUGUGUCCGUUUUCUCUUACAUACGUCAGCAGCAAACGGUGGGGAUGGUGGCGGCGGUGCUGGUGCUAUAUUUGGCCGAUUAGAGAGAGGUCAAACGAAGCGGCAGCGGCAGCAAAAGCAGUAAGAUUCUCUAUUUUAAAAGAAGCCAAACAGUUAGCCGCUGCUCUUAACUCCCCUCAGCAAAAACGGCAGAGGAUUUUUUUGUGAAAAAAAACCCGAAUGUCGUACGUUUACGCGUGUGCGUGCGCGUGUUCCGUAGUAAAAGAAGACACAUUAAAGGAGGAAGAGCGAUAGAGGGAUACAGAGAGGAGAUUUGUCGUAGCAUUUAAUAACUUAUUGUUUUAAAAGCAACCCCCCCCCCCCCCCGCAUCUAUCGAAUCACCCGGAAAUGCUGUGCCUCGCGUGCCGAGAGCGUGCAAAUGCUGUUUUUUUAGUAUUUUGUAGCCAAGUACAGCGUUAAUAGGUGUGUAGAGCAAUGAGUAGGAAAUAGAUCAGCGGAGAAAGUGGUUUUUAAUCCAGCUUUUUUCUGUUUUUGGUAGUAGAAGCAAAUUGGGGGGAAACAUCAUCAUGUACGACACACACUCAGAAGAAAAAAAACCACGACCACACAGGAAAAGAAGGUGUAGGACCUCUUUUAGAGGGUACAAGACAGAGGAACGGAAGCGAAGUAUCUGAUUGAUUCAGGGGGUUUGACUUAAUUUUUAAAAUGUACAAAAAGCGUAAUUGUGUGUGUGUGUGUGCUUAUGUGAAGAAGGGCGUGGUGCAGUGUGGCGUGCGUGCGUCACUAACGGUCGUCAAGAGAGGAGAGAACGAUUUUCAUGUUUUAAUGAAAAUGGUGCAAUCGUAACGAAUGCGAGUAUAUGAACAUGACCGGAAAGAGCUGCUUGCUGUGUUGGGCCUGUGGAAGCGGAACCGAUCCAGCGGGGGCCUCUCCUCAAGACUUCUUUCCAUCUCAGUACGAAUUCGGGGGGUGUCCACCGAAUGUCACACUGCGAGUAGCUUCGCACACAAAAACCAAUCCAUCACACAUGUGCUUUCCCAACGAACGGUGGGGCAACUGUUAACAGGAAUAGAUUUCUAUAAAUGUGCCUUUUUUUACUAAGAACUCUUUGAUAUCGCGUGUGGGGAGCGAAGGAAUCUUGUUAAAGCUACUUAGCGUACAGGUUUAGAUGCGUGCGUGUGUAUGUGUGCGUAAACAUGUGUGUAUGUUUAGGUCAAAUCAUGAAGCUAAUCAGUCUACUUAAACUUUACAGAGACACGGCGGUACUUGAUAUUUUAUUUACAAUGUGUUUUCCCCCUUUUCUGUCUCUCUCUCUCUCUCUCGUGUACCAAUAAUAUACAUACACACUAAGCGCGUGUACUGAACUCAUUUUAAACAGAUAGAAAAACUGAACAAUAAAGUAACUGUGAACGUGGAAGUCCUUUCAUGUUGAA